CCUGCGGCCUGCGGGGACCCGAACGCAAACCGCCCACGCCACCCCUAUGUGGGCCAACGUACAGCGGUCCCCUCAGAGAGCACUACCACGAGCGAGGCGUCGACCCCGUCCCGCCUCCAUCUCACCUAAUAUUACUGCAAACGCAUAUUUUUUGACAAUUUUUUUCCCAAAAUAAUUCAUCGUAUUCUUUUCGUUCCAUUUCCAACUUCAUCAUUUCUUUCUUUCUUUCUUUGGUUUCUUCCUCUCUAUCUCUCGUCUCCCUCCUACCGAAUUAAAACUCUCGACCUGCCAAGCCGCACCGAACCCUAGGUCCCGAUCCGGCGUCUCGCCCGUGCUGCUUGGAUCGGACGGGUGUGUUGGAUCGGAUCGGCGGCGGGAUGACGAUCCCGAGCGCGGAGGGGUUCCUCCAGGCGUCGAGCUGCCUCCCUUGCACGGCGGCGGAGGAGCGGGAGGUCGUUGACGCGCUCACCAGGGAGGCCGAGAAGAAUGUCAAGCACGGGGAUCUCCGCUAUCUCGUCUCGCAGAGCUGGUGGAUGGAGUGGCAAGGUUAUGUGGGCAUAUUCAGUCAUGGAGAGAAUGGCACCGAGCAGUUUCCUCAGGCUAUGAAUAGACCUGGAGAGAUUGAUAACUCGAAGCUUGUUUCGGCAGAAAGGAUCAAUGGUAGUGAAGAGCCAGAGCUUCAAAGGACCUUGAGAGAAGGGGAGCACUAUACUUUGGUGCCGCAAGAAGUUUGGCAAAGGCUAUAUGAAUGGUAUAAAGGUGGACCAGAAAUCCCUAGAAAAGUUAUUUUUGACAAUCCAAUUGACAAGACUUACAUAGUGGAUGUCUACCCUCUCUGUCUAAAACUAAUUGAUGGAAGGGACAGUUGUCAAAAAGUUUUCAGAAUAAGUAGAAAGGCCAAAGUUCAUGAGCUUUACUCAAUGGUUUGCUCACUCAUGUCAGUAGAGCAGUCCGAGAUUGUCAUCUGGGAUUAUUACCAAAGGUCAAAGGGCAAAAAGUUGCUUAAUCAAAAUGAGACACUAGAAGAAGCUCAACUUACUAUGGACCAGGAGAUCCUCUUGGAGAUGAAGCUGGGCGAGAGCAGUUCAGGUUUCAGUACAAGAUCCACAAAUGAUGAAUUAGCAUUAAUUCCAUUAGAACCCUCCACAUCAUCAUUUUCUAUUGCUGGAGGGCCUACAUUUUCAAAGGGUUUUUCAUCUGGGAUUGGUUCUAGUUUUUCACAAGAUAAUAGCUUCAGUCCUUUAUUAAGGGAUAGUGAAGAUGGUUACAAUAGUCUCAGCAAUGGAACUAAAGAUGGCACUCAUGGAUUGAGUGGAUUACAUAACUUGGGUAAUACAUGCUUCAUGAAUAGUGCCAUACAAUCCUUGGUUCAUACACCUCCACUGGUACAGUACUUUUUGGAGGACUAUACUUGUGAAAUAAACACAGAAAAUCCACUAGGCCUUCAGGGUGAACUUGCGAUAGCAUUUGGAGAGCUACUUAGAAAACUCUGGUCAUCUGGUCGAACUUCUGUUGCUCCACGUGCAUUUAAAUCAAAACUUUCUCGUUUUGCUCCACAGUUCAGUGGAUAUAAUCAGCAUGAUUCUCAGGAGCUACUUGCGUUCUUGUUGGAUGGUCUGCAUGAAGAUCUGAACCGUGUAAAAAAGAAACCAUAUAUUGAGGCAAAGGAUGCUGAUGGCCGUCCAGAUGAUGAAUUUGCUGAAGAAUGCUGGAAUUACCAUAAAGCUCGAAAUGACUCCAUAAUUGUAGAUAGGUUUCAAGGUCAAUACAAGUCCACAUUGGUGUGCCCAGUUUGUAACAAAAUCUCAGUUACCUUUGACCCAUUUAUGUAUUUGUCGCUGCCAUUACCGUCAACAGUUACUCGGAUGAUUACUGUAACUGUAUUCAGUGGUACUGGAGAUGUUCUUCCAAUGCCUUACACUGUGACUGUACAAAAAAAUGGAAACUGCCGAGAUCUUACUAAAGCCCUUGCUGAUGUUUGCUGCUUAAAAGAUUCUGAGACAUUGUUGCUUGCAGAGGUAUAUGAGCGUCGGAUCUACCGUUACCUAACAAAUCCAAUUGAGGGACUUCAUAGUAUAAAAGAUGAAGAUAUACUUGUUGCAUAUAGGCUCCCUGUUGGUUAUGAAAAACUUUUGAGGUUGGAGAUCCUGCAUCGGAGGGCAGACAGAUUUCUUGUGGAGCCUCAGUUUAAUAUCAACAGGAAGCUCAUUGGGUGCCCCAUUGUGACUUGUAUUCCAAAUGGUUCUACUGGAAAAUCUGAUAUUUAUGCGGCUGUAUCUGCUGUUUUGGUUCCAUUUGUACGAGCAAAAGCACAUAGCCCUGAUGUGUCUGCUGUCAAGUUAAAUGGCAAUGGGCCAAGCCUGGAUGGUAUUGUACUGACGGAUAAUGGCACCACCAGUGAGGAGGGUCUCUCUAUAUCAAGAUCAAGUGAGGAUGAUAAUGCAGCUGUCGAUGAGCUUUUACCGUUCCAGCUUUCAUUGACUGAUGAAAAAGGAAGUAUAAGAAAUGCUAUAGACACGGAUUCUAAUCGUGGUUUAGGACUAGUUAUUAGGGUUUUGAUGGAUUGGUCUGAGAAAGAGCAUGGGAUGUACAAUAUUGAUUACAUGGAUGGACUUCCUGAAGUCUUCAAGCCUGGUUUUAUGUCAAAGAAGACCCGGCAAGAAGCAGUCAAUUUAUUUUCAUGCUUGGAUGCUUUUCUGAAGGAGGAACCCCUAGGGCCUGACGACAUGUGGUACUGUCCUGGGUGCAAGGAACACAGGCAAGCUAGCAAGAAACUGGACUUGUGGAGGUUACCUGAGAUAUUAGUAGUUCAUUUGAAAAGGUUCUCAUACAGCCGGUAUAUGAAGAACAAGCUUGAUACAUUUGUGAAUUUUCCAAUCCAUGACCUCAAUAUGAGCAAGUAUGUGAAGCUGACAUCAAGAGGUGACCAGCACCCCAUGUAUGAACUCUAUGCAGUAAUAAAUCAUUACGGUGGUCUUGGUGGUGGACACUAUUCUGCAUAUGCAAAGCUAGUAGAAGAGAACAACUGGUAUCAUUUUGAUGAUAGUCAUGUUUCCUCUGUUAAUGAGGAUGAGAUCAGGACGUCUGCAGCAUAUGUGCUUUUCUACCGACGAGUUGGAGGUUCAAGUACGGUGGCAAAUGGUGGUGCAGUCGACAUUGAAAUGGUUGAUUCGAUAGAGAUGUAGUUAAGCCUAUGAGUAUAUCAUGUGGACCGAGAUAUGGAGCUCAGAAGAGUUCUUCUGGAAUUUGCAUGUCUGCUCUGGGACGGAAUAUUCGUGUAUCGAGCCACUGAUAUUUUGAUGCAUGGCAGAGAAGUGUGGUCGAAUUAGCAAUGUUAGCAUAUGGAUAUGCAUUUCAUAUGACUCAGAGUUCCAGAUAUUCUGUGACCAACCCUUUUGAGUAGAACUGAUCCCGACAGGUAAUUGAGAAAAUGACCUGAUUUGAAAAUUUUGCUGAUAGGCAGAUGCAGCUCUUGGGGUCUACAAUUUUAAUUGGUGUGGAAGGUCUGUGCUGUAGCCAAGGGAUUGCAACUGGAAAAAAUGAUGUAACAAUGCUGCAUAUUCUUUUUGCCUAAGCUACAGCUGUGCUACAGCAGUUUUGAUUACUGUUGCCUUUUGUUAUAAAAUUCUCUUAUCAUCAUUA